CACCUUAGACGGCCCUCGUUCUGCAGGCUGGCGAGAACACAUGGAGCGACGGCGGAGGUUCGAAUUUGAUUUCCGGGAACGAGAUGAUGAACGGGGUUAUCGGCGAGUACGGUGCGGGAGUGGCAGCAUGGAUGACGACAGGGACAGUCUCCCUGAGUGGUGCUUAGAAGACGCAGAAGAAGAAAUGGGAACAUUUGACUCCUCUGGAGCCUUUCUCUCUUUAAAGAAGGUGCAGAAGGAGCCAAUCCCUGAGGAACAGGAGAUGGACUUCCGACCUGUGGAGGAAGGGGAAGAAAGAUCUGACUCAGAAGGGAGCCACAAUGAAGAAGCCAAAGAUCAUGAAAAGACCACCAAGAAAGAGGGGGAGAAAACAGAUAGAGUAGUGGCAGAAGCAGUGGAAGAAACAGUCCAAACAUCUUCACCAGCUGCCAGGUCAGAUACCCCACCAAAAUCCCAGCCUCCAGACCCACUGCAGACAAGCCUUUUCGAAAGGAAGGAGGAGUCUGUGCCAGAAAGAACAGAAAAAACAGAAGAUAAAGAGAAUCGAACAGAGAAUACACCGCCGGCCAAAAUGUCCAACAGAGGAGAAGAUUUGGCUUCUGUUUCUCAGCCUUUGCCACAAAUUUCUGCAGACACAGCUUCUCCUGCUCACCUUUCUCCCCCUGUUUCCAAUUCAAAUCCUGCUCUGCGGCCAGUUCAGACACCUGUCACAGCUGCUCCAGGCAUGGGCAACAUUCCUACUGACCCAGAUGAUGAAGAGGGCCUCAAACACCUAGAGCAGCAAGCUGAGAAGAUGGUGGCAUACCUGCAGGACAGUGCCCUUGAUGAUGAAAGACUGGCAGCAAAAAUUCAAGAGCACAGAGCAAAGGGCUCCUCUAUGCCAUUGUUCCAUGAAGCCAUGCAGAAGUGGUACUACAAAGAUCCGCAAGGAGAAAUUCAGGGUCCUUUCAGUAACCAGGAGAUGGCAGAGUGGUUCCAGGCUGGGUACUUCACCAUGUCGCUGUUGGUUAAAAGAGCCUGUGAUGAGACCUUCCAGCCUCUGGGAGACAUCAUGAAAAUGUGGGGCAGGGUUCCCUUCACUCCAGGUCCAGCACCGCUUCCACAUCUGGGCGAGCUGGACCAAGAGCGGCUGACUAGACAACAGGAGUUGGCCCUGAUCCAAAUGCAGCACCUCCAGUAUCAGCACCUUUUAAUACAACAACAGUAUGCACAGGUGCUGGCUCAGCAGCAAAAGGCAGCCCUCUCAUCCCAGCAGCAGCAGCAGCUUGCUAUUCUCUUGCAACAGUUCCAGGCCCUGAAGAUGAGAAUAUCAGAACAGAACAUGAUGCCACCUGUUACAAGGUCUGUGUCAGUGCCGGACACUGGCUCAAUAUGGGAACUUCAGUCAGCUUCACAGCCUACAGUCUGGGAAGGAAGCAGUGUCUGGGAUCUCCCCAUUGAUACUGCAGCUCAGGGACCAGCUCUAGAACAACUUCAGCAGCUCGAGAAGGCCAAAGCUGCAAAGCUAGAGCAAGAGAGGAGAGAAGUGGAAAUGAGGGCCAAACGAGAGGAAGAGGAGAGGAAAAGGCAGGAGGAGCUUCGGAGGCAACAAGAAGAGCUACUUAGGAGGCAGCAGGAAGAUGAGAGGAAACGACGGGAAGAAGAAGAACUGGCCCGCAGGAAGCAAGAGGAAGCCCUGAGGCGACAGCGUGAGCAGGAAAUUGCACUAAGGCGGCAGCGGGAGGAAGAAGAGCGGCAACAACAGGAGGAAGCACUUAGAAGAUUGGAAGAGAGAAGAAGAGAAGAGGAGGAGAGACGGCAGCGAGAGGAGUUAAUUCGUAAACAGGAAGAGGAGGCUGCCAAGUGGGCACGUGAAGAGGAAGAAGCUCAACGGCGACUUGAAGAAAGUCGGCUACGCAUGGAAGAAGAGGCAGCCAGGCAGCGGCUCGAAGAAGAAGAGCGAAAGCGCAAGGAGCUGGAACUCCAGCGCCAGAAAGAAAUAAUGCGACAGAGGCAGCAGCAGCAGGAGGCUUUACGACGGCUGCAACAGCAGCAGCAACAGCAGCAACUUGCACAAAUGAAGCUCCCUUCAUCUUCAACAUGGGGUCAGCAAUCAAAUUCAGGAGCCUGUCAAUCCCAGGCCACACUGUCACUGGCAGAAAUCCAGAAGUUAGAAGAAGAACGGGAACGGCAGCUUCGAGAAGAGCAAAGACGUCAGCAGCGGGAACUAAUGAAGGCCCUCCAGCAACAGCAGCAGCAACAGCAACAGAAAUUGUCAGGCUGGGGUAAUGUCACCAAACCAACAGGCACCACCAAAUCUCUGUUGGAGAUACAGCAGGAAGAGGCAAGGCAGAUGCAGAAACAGCAGCAGCAGCAGCACCAGCAGCCGAACAGAGUCAGAAAUACUACGCACUCUAACCUGCACACCAGCAUUGGGAAUUCAGUGUGGGGCUCCCUGAACACUAAUCCCAGCAACCAGUGGGCAUCUGACCUAGUCAGUAGCAUCUGGAGUAAUGCUGAUACCAAAAACUCAAACAUGGGUUUCUGGGAUGAUGCAGUGAAGGAAGUGGGACCUCGUAACUCGACCAAUAAAAACAAAAGCAAUGCCAGCCUCAGUAAAUCUGUAGGUAUUACAAGUAGACAAAACAAAAAGGUGGAAGAAGAGGAGAAGCUGUUGAAAUUGUUCCAGGGGGUUAAUAAAGCCCAGGAUGGAUUCACUCAGUGGUGUGAACAGAUGCUUCAUGCACUCAACACAGCCAACAACUUAGAUGUUCCCACGUUUGUUUCUUUCCUGAAGGAAGUGGAGUCUCCCUACGAGGUCCAUGAUUACAUCAGAGCCUAUCUUGGAGAUACUCCUGAGGCCAAGGAGUUUGCCAAGCAGUUUCUUGAGCGCCGUGCCAAACAGAAAGCCAGUCAGCAGCGACAACAGCAGCAGCAACAGGAUUCAGUGUGGGGGAUGAACCACAGUUCGCUACAUUCGGUCUUUCAGACCAAUCAGAGCAACAACCAGCAAUCCAAUUUUGAGGCUGUACAGAGUGGGAAGAAAAAGAAGAAACAGAAAAUGGUUCGCGCGGAUCCCAGCUUGUUAGGUCAGUGUUUAAUUUCUAGGAAUUAA